AUGCAUGCAGACGAGGCAAAAAAUACGCGACCAGCAGAGCUAGAAGUUGCACCUCAAAUAGAGGACCCUUCAGUUUCAGUGGGUGGUGCUCCCGCUGAGGCCUCUUCAGAAGCGCAACCAGUGGCAGCACUGGACGUCAUUCAAGAUGCUCUCGAGACAGCAGUGAGCGCAGCAGAGAGCGCUCCAGUGGCUGAGUGCCAUGGCAACGCCGCAGGUGUACUUGCGCGUUCUGCGGAAGAUGGCGGCGAGACUGCAGCAGGGGCAUCAAAUGUAGCAGCUGUAGCAACAAUAGAAAUAGAGGAAGGGGCAGGACGGUCUAGCUUAGUCGCGGCAGUAGAUGCUGCAGACGGACAUGCACCACUAGGUCCACCAUUCAUGCAUGCAGGCGCUGCUCCUGACGAAAAUACUGAUUGUAUUGAGGCUAAUACAGCACCUGCAACAGACUUAGCACCUGAAGAAAAUGCUGCUGAGCAUAAUGGUGGUGCUGUUCCGGCUAGUGCGAGUGUUUCGUCUGAUGGUCUUACUAGUUAUGCUGACGCGGUGCUCUUCGACAGAACCGAAGCUGCUCCUGCAAGCUUUGCAGCUGCGACUACUGCGGCUAUGUCCUUCGAAACAGCAGCAGCAGAUACUGCAGAACUGUGGCCAAAAGCGGCAGCUGAAGGUGUUGAAACGGCAGCUGUUGUGUACUCCACAGAUAGGGGUGUCACGCAAACGUAUCCCUCCGCUGAAGGCACUGAGCGACAGCAGGAGCAGGACCAGCAGCAGCAGCCGCCUUCCCAGGAGCAGCAGCAGCAGCAACAGCAACAGCAACAGCAACAGCAACAACAGCAGCAGCAACAACAACGACAUCCCUACCCUGGAGAAAACGACUCAUCAGAUGAUGAGGAGCCCUUGGAUUUGGUGGCACUUGAGGCGCAGCAGAAGGCAGCAGAACAAAAGCAAAAAAAGGAUUACAGUAGACUGUGGAAGAUCUUUGGCAGGCAAACUGACGCAGGCCGACUGCUAUUUCAGCUGUAUGGUCGCGGCUCCCAGACUCGGGGGGCCCCUUGCGCGUCUCGAGGAGAAGCAGCAGCAGCGGAACACCCAGCAAAAGGCACUGCAAGCUACAGGCAGCGGCUCGUAAACAUCCCUACUGUGGGGCGACGACCUUCUGCAGUGGCUGCAGCAAAGAAAAAGGCAGAAAGGAAGGGGUCCUGUGCUCUUGCUGGUGCACAAGGCCCUUCUCUUCCACGGCGGCCGCUCCGAAAGACGCUGCAGCAGAUCGUCGCCGACACGCAACGCAACGGGGGGUCCUACCAGCCGAUGCUCCUGCAGCGAUCCGACAGUUGGGAUAGAGAGAUGCAGAAAGACGCGCUUGCGCGAUCCUUCCGGAUGGAAGCGUGCCUCACACUGCCACCUAAGGCUCGUCUUCCCUCUCUCACGGAAGGGCAGAGACGCGAGCUGCUCUCCGCAACCCAUGCCGCUUAG